CUUAAGCCUACGAUCCCUUCAAUUGACACCCUGGCUACCUCUUUGCCUCUGCAAGUCACCACUUACACCUCUCCUCAAACCAACAAGGUAGAGGGACUUCCUGCAACACCGCCCCCUCCCGCUCUACCACUGCAAGUAGAGCCCCUCCCUGUGACCCCAGAACCCACAACAAUAACUGUCCCAGUGCAUUGUAGGUCUUCACCCAGCGACAUGUUGUCUUCACCCCAGAGUGUUCCGGCCUCUUUGGAGGUUUCCAUAUCAGAAUUCUCCAUGUCCCUUAAUGAGCAUUCCACAGACUCCCUGUGUGGAGUUGCUGGGAGGAUUAGCCCACAAGUCCCUGUUGUGAGUGCGGUGUGCAACAGUCCGUCACCACUGCCAGUCAGUGGGACAGAAGCUCCGAUGCAGCAGCUCGUCUCUCAUCCAGUGCCUGAAGGCCUUCAGCCAGAGGCUCCGCAGGCCAAUGCCUCAGCUCAGCAACAGAUUCCACACAGCAAAACGGCAGUCCACCCAAUAGCCAAUAGCAUUGAAGUGUUUGGCCCCAGACCCCAAAGCCUUCAGGUCUUAGAGAUUCAACGCCACAGUGAAUGUGCCCCGGCCUCUCAAACCGAAACACCACAAGAGUCAAAGACACAGGUAUGAGGCAAUAUUUGUAGACCUUGAAAUAAAUAUACUAUUAAAGGAAGUAAGGAAUUCGUCUCCUUUGCAACAUUAAAUUCAGUGUAAUUGACUUUCGAGUUACUUUAAAUGUAAUCAUACAAACUAAUAUAUUUUGUGUUCUGAACUAACUCCUGUUCUCCCCCACAGAUGGCUCUUCUUCAAUCAUUCGAGACAGAAGAGCCACUCACACAGGCGAUGCGCCGACACAGGAUUCAACUGCAACUGUGUUCAGACCACAAAGCAGUUCUGAGUCCACAGUCACAGUGUCCAUUUGUGACAUUAGAGGAUGCAGUGAGGCACCUACUGCCAUUCCAUACAUGUGCAGGGAGGUUGCCCAGUCAAAGAGACUUCUCCUCAGUUGAUGAACAGUUUGAAGCUGCAUCAGUAUUUCUCUUCAAUCGCACCAAGGACAUGCAGAACAAAUACAGGCAGCUGUUACUGGCCGAAGCUCAGCAAGAAAGCCCAUCAGCAGAGAUGGUGAUGCUGGAGAGACUGUUCCUGCAAUCAGAGAGGUUCGCACUGGGAGAGGAGAGGCGCAAAGCACGCAGAGAUCCAGGUGACUCACUACAGAGCUAACUUCAGCCAUUCAAUCCCCUUUCUGUUUUCAUGAAAUUAUUAAAUAUGUAUUUAUUUAUUGGUUCUUUUUUUUCCAGGAUGGCCUCUUAUCUUUUAUGAGAGUCCGAGUCCAAAUACAUUUUUAUUCCAAUUAAAAUUAGAAUUGUUUGUCUUGUUUUGAGGUUGACUGAGUCUACAAAAUCUUUCUCUUUUUCAUGGCCCAGAAUCUUUCCUCAUGUCCCUGAAAAAGAGCUCUCCUCAUAACAUGGCCUCCUCUACCCCAGUGGGCCGUGGGGCAUUGGUCAGUCCCUCAUCUCCUCCGGCGUGGGCACUACAGUCAGAUCGGCCCCCGGGCCUGAAGACAUACCAAUCCAGCAGCCGGGGGACACUACGGCUCACCAUCAAACAUGAGUCAGGCUUACGUAAAGUGGUACACAACUCUGCGUGUGAGCCCAGAAAUCCUGCCCCCUCUGGACACAAGAGGCACUACAGCCGGCAGCUGGUCAAUGGAGGCAACAAACCCAGAGAGGAAGGUUCUGUAGGACACUCAAGGACCUUCGUCUCGGGAGCCGUGCCACAAGAGAGCUCAAAUGGACUCCAGUGCUCUCUCUCAACCCAGGAGGUCCCGUCAGGGCCUCCGCACUCAAACAGUGCCUCAUUGGUACGGACAGCACUAGAGCCGCAGCCAGAGGAGCCCCCCCACAAAAAGCACGUCGAUCUCAAUCCUCUUGGCUCCAGUGUUACUCCACCGCACCCAGAGCCACGCGGAUCAGUGCACAAACUGAACCGGCUGAAGUCUCCGACCGCAGAGAGCCCCGGUCCUGCUCCUCUGCCUCCUGCUCUCCAUGUCCCAUCUCUGCAGGAAGACAGCGCGUUGAGUGAGCAUCUGCAGAGUGCCAUCGACAGCAUUUUGGAACUGCAGAGGCUACAGGGGUCUAGCCUGGGGCAGGCAAGCCUGGGGCAGGUGCGAAUCCCACAGGGGCCAGGCCUAGAACAGCCCAUUGGCGGUAUGCUACAGGGCUGACUCUGAAAGCGAGCCCCAGGCCAGAUAUCUAUGAGAAGUAUCCUCAGGGAAGUAUACUACACUAGGGUCAUGCUUCCCUUGAAUAUUCCCUGUGGCUGUUCUGUAUGAGGCAAAAUGUAAGACUUUUCCAAAUCAGCACUUCCACUGUUUUGUGAGCUCGGAUCAAGUGCCCCCUCCAAGGACAGUGGGAGCCAGCAUGAGUAUGGCCCAGCCGUACCUGCCUGUCCCACGGCAACGCUUCUUUCAUUUCAUCAAUCUUUCAAAAGGUUCUGAACAAGAUAAACUACCGUUUCAAAAAUAGUAGCUAAAAUUUGUUUUGGUCAUGGUUUUAAAAAGAGCAAAGCAUUAUACCAGUAUAUUUGCAAGUAGCUGUUAUAGGAUAAAUAGACUGAUAUCAAUUUGUUUGAUAGGUUUCAUUUAAAGAGUUACUGCAGUAAAUGAUGUACUAUUAUUUCUUGAGUGUUAAGUAAGAAAAGCAAUGUGCAUUUUGAGACAUUUGUGCCAACCGUGAAAAAGCCUAGCUCUGUCUUGAAUGACAGCCUAAUUUGCAUUUGCAGAGUGCCUGUGUGUUUCCAUUUCCAUGUGCUUUCUUGUGUGUGUGUGUGUGUGUGUGUGUGUGUGUGUGUGUGCGCAAGGGUGUUCAUGUGUUCCUUUUU